UCUUCACCUACAUCACAUCCAAAACAACAAACAAUCAAACAAACUUCUCUUUUUCUCUCCCAAUCGAAAUGGCUCGUACCAAACAAACCGCUCGCAAGUCCACCGGAGGCAAAGCCCCAAGGAAACAACUCGCAACCAAGGCCGCUCGGAAAUCUGCUCCGGCCACCGGAGGAGUGAAGAAGCCUCACAGAUUCCGUCCAGGAACUGUUGCCUUAAGAGAGAUCAGGAAGUAUCAGAAGAGCACUGAGCUUCUCAUCAGGAAACUUCCAUUCCAAAGACUUGUUCGUGAAAUUGCUCAGGACUUCAAAACAGAUCUCCGAUUCCAAAGCAGUGCUGUUUCUGCUCUUCAAGAAGCCGCUGAAGCAUAUCUUGUUGGUUUGUUCGAGGACACUAACCUUUGUGCGAUUCAUGCAAAGAGAGUUACUAUUAUGCCUAAGGAUAUUCAACUCGCUCGCAGAAUCAGAGGCGAGAGGGCUUAGAUCUUGUUUCUAUGUAAUUCUGUUUUGUAGAUUUUUCUUUGUUAGGGUUUGGUUCAUCUGUUAUGAAUCUUGGUGUAUCAAUGGAUUGAUCUACUAAUAUGUGUUUGUUCAGGAUGUGAAAUGUGAAUCUACUUGUGGUUUUGUUA